GUCAACAGUAGACUUUUUUCUUUUCUCCUUCGCCUGCAGUGUGACUCAUCUCACUCAACUGAGUCUCUAUUUCAAAUCAACAACCACAAUUAUCUGCUUGGAUUCACACAAUUCUCAGCUCAAAAUGACAUUUUUUUCCUCCUUUUUCCAGAAAGCUUCCACUGCUUUCAAUGGCUACCCUACCUACUCCAAGCUUUUAGUUGUCUGCACUCUCAGUAGUGGAGGUCUUUUGGCAUACUCAGAAUCACAAUCAGAUGUUAGCACUCACACUCUUGAAGGUGAUCAAAACAAGUCUAAGAAGAAGAGAGUGGUGGUACUUGGAACAGGAUGGGCUGGUACAAGUUUCCUUAGAGAUCUUGAUGUUUCAUCAUACGAUGUUCAGGUUGUUUCACCUAGGAAUUAUUUUGCAUUCACUCCUUUGUUACCAAGUGUAACUUGUGGAACAGUAGAAGCACGGAGCAUUGCAGAGCCAAUCCGAAACAUUAUAAAGAAGAGGAAUGGAGAAAUUCAAUUUUGGGAGGCAGAAUGUACUAAAAUUGAUCCAUCAAAGAAAGUGGUUUCCUGUAAGUCAAACAUUAAGAAGAACUUGGUGGGAAAUUCAGAGUUCUCUCUGGAAUAUGACUACUUAGUCAUUUCAGUAGGAGCUCAAGUGAAUACUUUUGGCACCCCUGGUGUAAUGGAGAACUGCCAUUUUUUGAAGGAAUUAGAGGAUGCUCUGAAGAUCCGCAGGACUGUGAGUGAUUGUUUUGAAAAGGCUGUCCUUCCGGGGCUAAGUGAAGAAGAAAGAAAAAUAAACCUUCAUUUUGUAAUUGUUGGAGGCGGUCCCACUGGUGUGGAGUUUGCUGCAGAGUUGCAUGACUAUAUCCAAGAAGAUUUGGUCAAGUUAUAUCCUUCUGUUAAAGAUCUUGUGAAGAUAAGUAUAAUACAAUCUGGAGAUCAUAUCUUGAACUCAUAUGAUCAAAGAAUUAGUUCAUUUGCUGAAACUAAGUUUCAGAGGGAUGGCAUUGAGGUUCUAACAGGAUGUCGAGUUAUUAGUGUUUCUGAUAAGGAAAUUACUGUGAAAAUUAAGUCCACGGGAGAAGUUUGCUCAAUACCCCAUGGACUGGUUUUGUGGUCAACUGGUGUUGGGACUCGUCCAGUUAUUAGGGACUUUAUGGAGCAAAUUGGGCAGACUGAUAGGCGUGCUCUGGCAACAAAUGAAUGGCUGCGAGUAAAGGGCUGUGAAAAUGUAUAUGCCCUUGGUGAUUGUGCUACAAUAGAUCAACGCAAAAUCAUGGAAGAUGUUGCAACCAUAUUUGAGGUUGCAGACAAGGACAAGUCGGGUACUUUAACAGUUCAAGAAUUUCAAGAUGUACUUGAUGACGUCCUGAUAAGGUACCCCCAACUAGAAAUCUACCUAAAGAACAAGCAUCUGAGGGGUGUGGCUGAUCUGUUAAAAGAUGCUGAGGGGAAUGAAAGAGCAGAAGUGGACAUUGAAGGGUUUAAAUUAGCUCUAUCUAAUGCGGAUUCACAGAUGAAGAGUCUGCCUGCAACUGCACAGGUUGCUGCUCAACAAGGAACAUAUCUUUCUAGGUGCUUCAACCGCAUGGAGCAGUGUGCAGAUCAUCCAGAAGGUCCUCAACGGUUUAGAGGUUCUGGGCGUCAUAAAUUCCUUCCAUUUCGGUACAAGCAUUUCGGCCAAUUUGCUCCAUUGGGAGGAGAGCAGGCCGCUGCAGAAUUACCUGGAGACUGGGUUUCCAUGGGCCACAGCACUCAGUGGCUCUGGUAUUCUGUUUACGCAAGCAAGCAAGUCAGCUGGCGUACAAGGGUUUUAGUGGUAUCCGAUUGGACCAGAAGAUUCAUUUUCGGAAGAGAUUCAAGCCGAAUCUGAGGCAUGAACUAAAGAACCUUCCAAUCAUCAGGCAGUGCCCUCCAUUAAAUCAUUGCAGUGUUUGAAGCUAUUAUAUGAUACAGUUUCAUCUAAGUGUUGUUUCUAUGAGUACUAAGAGAAAUGGAUGUAUUUUCAGUGCCAUGUAAAAUAUAUAUUCUCUGCAGAAGUGAAAGGAGCACCCAGCAAACAUUAAAAUCUCAAAACUUGACUGUUGUAGAGUUCUAUAAUAUGGGUAAUGAAAUUUACAAGGGAUGGUUUAGCUCCCAUUUCUUUCUUCUCA